AUGGAGUGCGAUCGCUACGUAUCGCCUUCUGACCGGGAGGUUGUCGGUAAUUACAAGCUACAUCCCGAGGCGAGACUGGAACUCGAAAAACAAAUCACGCUUGGUGGUGCAUCGCCUGUCACUCCCAGCCGUUUGAAGGCCAAAACGCGUAUUCUACGAGCAUCCGACGUCCUGCUGUCCUUGGCUGGGAGAUCUACAAGCGGUAAGCUGCUGCUUCCCCCCCCGGCUACCUACAUACCGGUGCAUAACCGAUCCGCGGAGGAGACUAAAGGAACAUGCAUCCAAUAUCUAGACACGGCAGAGCAAUCCGCGAGCCUUGAAAACUUCCAGGAAGUUCUGCGUCUAUUCCCGCCCUUUCGAGAUGACGAUGGGACCACCUUUGGAGCAAUUGACGUCAAAUGUCCCGACUGCGAUGCGGUGUUUUCUUCCUCAACCGAGCUCAAUAACCACUAUCUCACGCGAUACUGUCCCGGGGCUGCUGUCGCCGUAUACGUGAUGACGCGAGAUCGGUAG